UGCCGGGCGCCGGCUGCCGCGCGCUUCUGACGAGAGUCACUAUUCUCUUGUUGUCUCUCCCAUCAGUUCGCGCCCCUUUAUUUUUAUGUGAAGUAAACGCGCAACGCAACGUUUCGUUUUCUUUUCUAUACUAUCAGUACAAUCUGCAGUUUUUCGAAAAAUAGUAGAAAUGGACCAUUCAAAAUGGACUCCAACUACAAAACGUUUGAGUUGUGACAGCAUUAUGAUGCUAAGCCCUUUGACAAAAACACCAGUAAGGUCUAAUCAAACUAGGUUUAGAACCAAUUAUCAAAAUACUUCAAAUUCUUUAUCUGUUCUGCCAAACCAUAUAACGCCACCAUCUGGAUUAACGAAAUUUAUAGCCAGAAACCCAUUUGAAGCAGAUUUAACUAAUAAACUUCAUAUCUCAGUAAUGAGUCCUACAGUAUUUUCUAAGGUUGGGACACCAAGUCAAAAAAAAUCCCCUGGAUUUGUUUGGAGUAUUGAUGAAUUAGCACUCAUUCAACCUGCUAAAAUUGAUGAACUUUCAGUUCAACAAAUGCACUGCUCUGAUCCUGAACUGGAAAAAAAUGCUCAAGAGGCAAUUAGUAAAUUUUUUAGUAACAGUCAAAUUAUUCCUAGUCCAUUUCAUAUAAAAAUCAAUGAAGAACAAAAGAGGAUUAUGCUACCAACGACUCCCUCCAGACUUCAUAAUAAAACUUCGGAAAGUCUUAUAAAGGAAACAAGAAAUAAUUAUGCACAGACUAUUCUAACACUACCAGUCAAUUUACCUCCUGAAGUAGAAGAGGCUCUUCAACCUUAUUUUACUUUUACGGAGGAUCAGCAGUAUGAUAAUGAAGAAGCUAAUUGUAGCAACAGCUCUUUGAGGAGAAAACUGUUUGCAAAUCAUGAUGAAUCUCACAAUGAAUCAAGUGACUCAAUUUCACUUUCUCCGGUUAAAUCUGAAAAAUCUGAUUUUGUUAGUAUCCUAAACUUGAGUCCUGCUCAAAGUGGAGUUUUUUUUCACGGUACUCCACUACGAUCAUGUAUUAAUAGUACAUUAUUGAAGAACUGUUCUCAAGUGAUACAACGAAAUUUUGGAUCUCCACUUACUAGAAGAACUUCUUCAUCUCCUUGUGAUGUUUCACCUAUCAGUAACAAUGCAUUUAAUAUGUCAUGUCAAAGUAUAAAAUCUCGAAAAUCAGUUACAAAACUAGAUUUUACAAAAGAAAUGAGUAUUGAACUUGAAUCUGAUGAAGAAUCAAAUAAUAUUUCAUUGAGAAAGAACAAUCAAGACCAUUUACAAACAACAGUGGAAGUUACCAAAAUGGUUGCUUCUGGUGAAAAUUCCAAGCUAGAAUGUGAAGAUAAAGAAAACUACGUAUGCAAUUUCUUGAAAUCACAUAAUUCAAAAAUGGUUGAUGAGGGCAAGGAUUAUGUUAGUGAAAGUUAUGCUAUUGGUAAUAUGUCUUCUGGGAACUAUACUCAUCAAACUGGAUUUCAAUCAACCCAAGAUACUGGUUAUCAAACUUUUAGCAGCAGCAGUAAUUUAACAAAUACAAUGGAUGGUUACAGUAACUCAAUGAAACAUAAACUUUAUUGGGAUGAUAAAAUUACAGAAGAAGAAGAUGAAACUAAUUUGACAGAUUGGAAAAAAAAUCUGAAAAAUAUGAUUAGUUCUACUCCUUCUAAGUUGCACAAAGGCCUUAAUGGUAAUUGAAAACUAUUUUAUUGAAGAAUUGUAUAUAAUUUUGACUGAAAACAGAAACGUAUUUAUCUAAUGAAUGCGUUUAUUUGAUAAGCGAUGAAUGCUUUUAACCUUGUGUGGAUACAUGUCCGCAUGUCAGGUAGAUGAAAAUGUGAUUUAGAAUAAAAUUGUAUAUAAUAUAAUUCGCAGCAGAAUUUCUUGAGAUAUACAUAAAAUUAUAUCUAUUGAUUCUUGAAAAAUUUUUAUCGUGAAUAAUCAUUUUCUGAGGAUGUACAUGAAUGAUUCUUUGGAAAUAUUCUCAAGAAUUUCAAAAGCAUAAUGAUGUAUAUUAUUUGAAAAAAUAACAGCAUCUUUUAAACACAUCAAUAAUUUUGAAGUAUUAAUAAUUAUUUCUGAUUUAGACAAGAAGUCAAUGUUUAUGCCUUCUUUGUAUUGACUGGACCAACAAAAUGAUAAUUUGAUCUUAAUAUUUAUAUAGACAAUUGUAAUGUAUAUGCAAUAUUUAAAUGAAUUGCUUGAUUUUGCUGACAGCAAAGACAAUCUCAAUAGCAGAUAUUUGUGCAAUUUUUUUGCCACAUAGUAAAUCAAAUUUAAUUUUAAGUUGCAUCUCAUUUGAUUAAAACAAUUAUGUAACUAUGAUCAUGGUCUCAUGAUAAUUAAUUGCUUGUAAAACACUGAUUUAGGAAUCAAGUAUUGCAGGUUACUAAGAGUAUAGAGAAGUUCUGAAAAAGCUCUAAUUUUAUUUUCGAAAGAUAUGUAUUAUUGAUUUUAUUUUAUUUUUUUAUACAUUUCAAAAAUAUUUGAUGUAAUGAAAUUAUACUUGAGCUUGAUUCUCCAUAUCUUUAUUGUUAGACAUGAAUGUUCAUGAAUUACUCUGAAGUAAUUCAUUUUUUUAACAUAUUCCUUACAAAGAAUGACAACAUUUGUUACAGCAAGACUGAAUUAUACUUAAAUGUUAGCGAUCAUGUGCGUGUUUUUUACGAGUCCGCAACGUAAAAUCAUUUGAAAUGGGAACAAUAAAAAUUGUACUUUUGUGCAAAAAAAAAGUAAAUAAAAUUUUUUUUACACUUCAUAUAAUCAACUGCAUAUUUAUUUCAUCAAUUAUUCAGUCACUUUACAGUAGUUGUGAAACCGAACACAUAAAUUAUAAAGUGGUAUUAAAUACCUUAA